CGUGGUUUCACAAAUAACUUCCUCAUAUGUGAGGUAUAUCAAAAAGUUGACAAAAGUGCAGAUAUAAGUUUGUAAAUGUAUUUUCUGCACAAGAGAAAAUUACAAAUGACAAGUUACCAAAUUUUCCUGUUUCUACUAUCUCUUCCACUGGCAGCCUGUCAAGGUGAUCCUCCUCCAGAGCAUGAACUUCCACCAUUUGAUGGUUGGUUUAAUAAUUUAGUCCAUCCUGACUGGGGAGGAAUUGAUGGCCAGCUUCUAAGAAGGUCGGUACCAAAGUAUGCCGAUGGAGUUUACCAUCCGUCCGGCGCAGACAGACCAAAUCCCUUUGAACUCAGUAAAGCAGCACACCACGGAGAAGCAGGAUUGGGUUCUAAGAGAAGCAGAAACGCUUUGCUCGUAUUUUUUGGCCAACAAAUAGUAGAAGAAAUUUUAGACUCCCAACGGCCAGGUUGUCCUAUAGAAUAUUUCAACAUUCCAGUACCUCCAGAUCAUCCCUAUUUACAAGGAAAGGAGAGUUUAGAAAUGCCUUUUCCAAGAACAAGAUACGAUUCUAGAACUGGAUAUUCACCUAAUAACCCGAGACAGCAGCUAAAUGAAAUUACUCCAUACAUUGAUGGAACAUUGAUGUAUGGACCUGGUAAGGCAUGGACAGAUGCUAUAAGAGAGUUUAAAGGUGGACGAUUGAAAGCGAAGGUCCCUGAUCCAUUACGUAGGAAGAUAAACGAAAGCUUUCCAGCAGAUAAUGACAUUCGUCUUCCUUUUGCUAAUCCUCCAGCUCCAAGGGACCAUUUUCUUAGACCAGUCAACCGAUUUUGGAGAAUUGGAAAUCCACGUGGUUUUGAGAAUCCCUUUCUCCUUACUUUCGGCGUUUUAUUUUUUCGAUGGCAUAAUUAUGUGGCAAAAGAACUUGAAACGGAGCACCCGAAUUGGAACGAUGAAGCACUGUUUAAUGAAGCAAGAAGGCUAGUGAUAGCUUACCAUCAGAAAAUUAUAAUGCGUGAUUGGUUACCAAGAUGGCUUCAAAUAACAGACCCAGCGGACAGUACCACCUUUUUCAAAGUUCCCAAUUAUUAUAGAAGUCAGUCAGAACCUUGCGGAGAACAGUUUUGCUUCAAUGGUUACAGUUCAGAAAUACAUCCUGGUAUUACCCAGGAAUUUCAAACUGCUGCAAUGCGAUGGGGACAUACGGUAGUUACACCUGGUAUUUGGACUAGGGAUGUCAAUUGUCAAUACGAGAGUAAUCGCACAGUAUCGUCUCCAACAUCGCACAAAGUUCAUGCCAUCAGACUGUGUAAUGCCUAUUGGGUUGGUCAGGAAACAGUUGAACCUCAUAUAGAUAGACUCAUACGUGGGAUGACAUCUACAAUAAGCGAACAGGAAGACCAUAUUUUAGUUCCUGAUUUGAGAGAACAUUUAUUUGGAACUUUGGAUUUUUCUCGUCGCGAUCUAGCAGCUUUAAAUAUACAGAGAGCUAGAGAUCAUGGUCUUCCUGGAUAUAACGACAUCAGACAGGCAUAUGGAUUACCUCGUGUGGACUGGAACGGCAUCAACAACGAAACUGUUAAUGGUGGAAAAAUCAAUAAAAGCCUAAUCGAUGCAAUUGAAAGAGUACGGAGUUUAUAUGGCAACAGUUCAGCACCUGACGAACUUGAUCUAUUUGUUGGAGGAAUGUUAGAAACAACAUUUGAUGGACCAGGGCCAUUGUUCAGAAACAUAAUUCUUGAUCAGUUCUUACGCAUUCGACAUGGGGAUAGGUUUUGGUAUGAAAAUACAGAUGAAAGAUUUCGCCAGUUUGAUGACGCAACGAUUGAUAAAAUCAACAACGUAACUUUGAGAGACAUCAUUCUGAAAGUGACGAGAAUAAAAAGUGACGAACUUCCAAGUGAUGUUUUCCUAAGUUUCGAUGACCCAUGUCCGCAACCAGUACAACUAAAGGCAGACUCAAACCAGAUGGUCAAUUCGACAAUAACCAUUGAAAAUUGCACCAGACUACAACACUAUGAUUAUUUCUCUGGAAGUGAAGUUUCUUUUCCAUUAACAUUUGUUUUCCUGGGACUAUGUGUCCCUGCUACAAUCGGGAUAAUGUUAUUCCUAAACAAAAGAAAACAGAAAGAAAUUGCUGAAGCUCGAAAAAGACUUGCACCAAAACGACAAAAAACUGCUGAUCCAAAUACUUUUACUGUUGUUGAAUGGGUUGGACCUAAAAACGGAGAGAGAACAGAUAAAAUAGUAUUUGACAAAGAGAGAAAGAAGAUUCAUGUAAAUGAUUUACGUAGAAAACCACUUAGGAUGUUGGAUUUUAGACGUAUAGAGGGGACUGCUCAGAAGGUUCAUUUCCGAAUAUCAACUGACCAUGAAAACAACAUGCUUUCUGUGAGGUUACCUGGAGAAAUAGAUUUGAUUCUCAAAUUUAAUGACAUGGAAGAAAGAGAGGGAUUUACAAUGGCAUUGGAAGGGUUUUUAAGAGACCUACAAAUCAAUCGUGAAAAACAUCAGUUUACAGAAAAGACCAUAAUGGAUGAAGCUAAUACAAAAGAGAAAAGACAAGAAUUGUUAGACACAUUCUUCCGUGUUGUCUGCUUGCAGGGAUUUAAACAUGUAAGAUCUAAUGUAGACAUGGGUCAUAACAUACAACUGGAAGAACUAAACAAGAUUAGAAACAUUCAACUGACACGUACUGAAUUUUCUGAAGCACUUGGUCUGAAACCCACAUCAGUGUUUGUACGAAACAUGUUUCUUAUGGUUGAUAAAGACAAAAAUGGAUUUGUUGGAUUUGAAGAAUUUCUAGAUCUCUUUCAGAUUUUAGCAGCUGGUGAUGCCGAAGAAAAAGCACAGAUGAUUUUCAAUAUGUAUGACAUUAAAAAGCAAGGGCAUCUCACAAGACAAGAUUUCAGCAAAAUGUUAAAGUCGCUUCUUGACCUGUCAGACACAUCCAUUGACCAGAAAGACCUCAAUAAUUUGAUAGAUACUAUGUAUUCAUCAGCCGGUUUGUCACCAGCAGAAAAGAUUGGAUUCGAGAGUUUUAAGAAGAUUUUUGCCUCUGAAGAAUAUGGAAGCACUCUUCAAAAUGCUACACUGAAUAUCACAUCUGACGCAGUUGGAGAUUUGAAACAAAAUAAAUCAGCAAGAUUUGAACAGAGAAGAAAGACAUUCAUAAAGAGCUACCGAACUUUAGACCGUAAAGCAGACAACAGAAAAUCUAAAGUGCGUGUGACUACAAAACAGAAAGAAUAUCCACAAACAAAACUGAGACAGAAAUGGUUUGAGUUUAUCAGUUAUGUGGAAAACUACAGAUUACAAAUUUUCUGGGUUACCUUAUACUCUUUAGUAACAGUUGGAAUAUUCGUAGAGAGAGCAUAUUAUUAUUCCGUGGAUAGAGAGCAUGGUGGACUCCGACGAAUUGCUGGAUAUGGUGUAACAAUAACACGUGGUGCUGCCAGUGUUAUGAUGUGGGCAUAUUCUUGUUUGCUAGUGACAAUGAGCAGAAACACUAUCACAUUUCUGAGGGAGACGUUUCUGCAUAAAUUUAUUCCUUUUGACUCUGCAAUUGCUAUGCAUAAGUUUAUUGCAGCAUUAGCUCUUGUUUUCACAGUUGUACAUUGUGUUGGACAUGGAAUAAAUUUGUACCAUAUCACUACACAACCAUCAUCUGAUGCUAACUGUUAUUUUAGGGAAUAUUUCAGGGCGACGAACGUGCUUGCAUCUUUUCACUACUGGGCAUUCCAGACAAUAACAGGAAUGACUGGAAUUAUUCUGACUUUGAUUGUAAUAGUGAUGUAUGUGUUCGCCAUGCCGUUUGUCAGACGUAACCUGUUCAGGGCGUUUUGGAUAACUCAUAGUUUUUAUAUCUUACUAUAUAUUUUCCUUAUUAUGCAUGGUCUUGGCAGACUGGUGCAGAGUCCCCUUACUCAUUAUUAUCUCUUAGGACCAUUAGUACUGUUUGUUUUGGACAAACUAUUCAGUUUAUCACGGAAUCAGAUACUGAUUGAAGUAAAACAGGCCGAACUUCUACCCUCUGAAGUGACUGCACUGAAAUUCAAAAGACCAUUGAAUUUUGAGUACAAAUCUGGACAGUGGGUACGAAUAGCUUGUAUAAAGUUGGGAGAUUCGGAAUAUCACCCAUUUACUCUAACAUCUGCGCCUCAUGAGGACUUCUUGAGUCUACAUAUCAGGGCUGUAGGACCGUGGACAACGAAUCUCAGAAGAGUUUACGAUGCAAAUCAAAUAGAAGAGGGAGACAAAUAUCCACCAUUAUAUGUUGAUGGUCCAUUCGGCGAAGGCCAUCAAGAUUGGUAUAAAUAUCCCGUUGCUGUAUUAGUUGGUGGUGGCAUUGGCGUCACACCUUUCGCAUCAAUUCUAAAGGACAUUGUUUACAGAUCUAAAUCUCCUGUAAAAUUUCCAUGUCAAAAGGUCUAUUUCAUUUGGGUUACCCGAUCUCAAAAACAAUUUGAAUGGUUGACAGACGUGAUUCGUGAGGUUGAAACCAAUGAUACAAAUAACCUGGUGGCUACACACAUAUUUAUCACUCAGUUUCAGCAGAAAUUUGAUUUGAGAACCACUAUGCUGUACAUAUGUGAGCGUCAUUUCCAAAAGAUUGCAGGAAAGAGUUUGUUUACUGGCUUGGAGGCAAAAACACAUUUUGGACGACCAAACUUUCAAGAUUUUCUGAAGUCACUGAAAUAUGAACAUCCUAAUGUUAAGCAAAUAGGAGUUUUCAGCUGUGGUCCUCCACCAAUGACUUUACAGGUAGAGAAAGCAAAAACUGCAGUUAACAAGAUAGAGGGAUUUCCCACAUAUUCACAUCAUUUUGAGAAUUUUUGACACAUUCAAAAGAAUUAGAAAUGUGUGGUUUAUCUUCAUGCAAACGUUUUGAUAAAUAUGCCAGUCCAAUAACGUAAAAAAUAUAUACAUAGUCAUCUAUUGUCACAUUUAGCAUAUAUUUUACAUUUAUACUGCCUGUAAAUUUCAUUACAAAAAAUAUUUGCAUGUAUUUACUAAACUGGUGUUGAACAUGUCCAGUCUUUGGUGGUUUGGCUUGAAAAUAUAUUUUACAUUAAAUGUUGUUAUGCUAACUUGUUUUAUUGUAGACAAUUUCUUAUCAUAUUGCAAAACCAAAAUUUUUAGAACUUGCAAAUUAACAAUUUUUCUGUCCUAUUUUACAAUUUUUCAAAAUGAAGAUACGAUAAAAGCUUAACUUUUAUAAAAUAGACUGCUAAUAGAGUUCUUAGAAAAUCAUGUGACGAAAUAAAAGAAACUUUAUAUUGUGUACACGUAUAGUGUAUCUCUUAUGAUAUAUUACUGGACGUUGAUAUAUAAAAUGUCUCAAUUCCAAUCAUUCCUCAUCUACCUUUUUUGUCAAACGUUGUUAACUUAGAAUUAUAUGUUUAAAGAAAAUUUUACAUACAACCUUUUUAUGUAUUUUAGGGUAUUGACAUAGAUAAAAGUCGUCAAUGCAGUUUAUGAUCAUAAAACUUUUUUACAUUAUUUCAUUCACAGUUGAAUCUUUGGAAAUUUCCUUUUGAUAUUUUAUUCGGUUGAACUAGGCUUAAUACAAACGCAACUCAUUAAAAAAAAAGAAAAGAAAAAAACUAUCCCAGUAAUGACACUGUGAAAUCAGAAAAGCUCAAGAGCCUUUAUGCUUGGGAAGUCAGACAAAAGAGAUAAAAAUUGAAAUAUAUGUAAAUCUUUUUAAAUUAACGACUGAAGAAAAUUUACUCGAUAUUUUGAGCAUAACAAAAAAUUUAAAAGGUCGUUGUAAUAGCUGAUAAUAUGACUAAGUACUAGAAUAAUCUCAUUAUUUUAUAUCUAUAACAAAACGAGUGAAAAAAAGUAGAAAAAAAUGAAAAAACAGAUGUCACUUCAUCCAUCUAAGACCAUAAAAAUAAUCCAAAACUGGUUACCAAACCUUUGAAAUAUACGACUUAAUGCAAAUAAUAACUUUAAAUCUAAAAAGAUAGGAAUCAAUUCUGUGUUUGAUAUAUUAAAACAUGAUCAAUACGAAACUGUUAACAUAAGGGGUUUAUUUUCUCACUUUGUUCACAGACAUCUGUUAUUAAGAUCUCAAAAUAUUAGCAACAAAUGAUUGAUAUACUUAAAAUAAGUAUAAAUGUAUAUAUACACAUCAUUAUUUUUAACUUAGAUUUUUUUACUCAUAAAUAUACUUUUCAUAAAUAUACGCAUUAUUAAUUGUAUACUUUGAUUACUUCAAUAUUGUAUCCAUGGUUUAAUCAAUAAAAUGAGGAUAACUA